GGUUUAUCCCCUCAUUACUGAUCUCCCUUCAUCCCUCCAAUCCUCAUCUGUUCCUCAUAGGGGCAUUGGAUAGAGGGAGUGACGGAGGAAUAUCCCACUGUCUGUGAUACCAAAAGUGAAUGAGCGUGACAAAGUGUAGCAACAGGCAGGCUGAACUUAUGACAACCAUCAGAGGGAGAGCGCUGGAGGAAGAGUGAUUGAAAAUCUGCCGCAUUACCUUGAGUGGAGUCUCCUAAUUGGAUUAUCAGCUCUCCUGCCAUCUCUCCUAUAUCCAUUGGUGAAAGCGCCUAACAACCAUCGCCAUGGGUGAAAUGGAGCAGUUGCGAAAGGAGGCGGACAACCUCAAAGACCAGAUCACCACGGCUCGCAAGGCGGUGCAGGACACCACGCUGCAAGAGGCAGCAGCCGAGAUCACCGCUGUGGGACGCGUCCAGCUGAAGACCAGGAAGACACUGAGGGGUCACCUCGCCAAGAUCUACGCUAUGCACUGGGGCGCUGACUCAACGUUGUGUGUCAGUGCCUCUCAAGAUGGAAAACUCAUAGUGUGGGACAGCAUUUCAACUAACAAGGUGAAUGCCAUUCCUCUCAAGUCAUCGUGGGUGAUGACUUGUGCAUAUGCACCUUCGGGGAACCUGGUGGCUUGUGGCGGCCUCGACAACAUGUGCUCCAUCUACAACCUCAAGGGCAAGGAUGGAAACGUCAAAGUCAUGCGUGAGCUGGCGGCGCACACAGGUUACCUGUCCUGCUGUCGCUUCCUCAGUGACACGGAGAUCAUCACCAGCUCUGGAGACUGCACCUGCGUACUGUGGGACAUUGAGACGGGGACCCAAAAGACAGUCUUUGCAGGACACCAGGGAGACUGCAUGUCCCUGGCCGUGUCCCCAGACUUUAAGUUCUUCAUCUCAGGGGCGUGUGACUUCACAGCCAAGCUGUGGGACAUCAGGGAGGAGCAAUGCAGACAGACCUUUGGGGGCCAUGAGAGUGACAUCAAUGCGAUCGGGUUCUUCCCCAAUGGCAACGCAGUGAUAACGGGCUCGGAUGACGCCACGUGUAAACUGCACGACCUGCGAGCUGACCAGGACCUGAUCACCUACCAGGACUCCAGCAUCAUGUGUGGGGUCACCUCCCUCGCCCCCUCCCUGUCUGGACGCCUGAUACUGGCUGGCUAUGACGACUUCAACGUCAACAUCUGGGACACACUGAAAUCGGAGAGAGUGGGGGUCCUGGCUGGUCAUGACAACAGAGUGAGCUGUAUCGGGGUGUCCUCAGACGGGAUGGCGUGCUGCACGGGAUCCUGGGACAGCUUCCUCAAGAUAUGGAACUGAGGCCGCUUCUCACCAGCGAGCGGAAAGAGAGCAGUAAUUAUCGACCUGGUAGAAAGUGAAGAAUAUAGAA